UCUCCAGUGGUUCAUCUCCUCCACCUUCUUGUUCUUCACAAUGGUCAAGUCUGCGCUGAUGCUCGUCCUCACCCUGCUGGGAGGCGCCAGCGCUCAGGUGGGGUAUAACCAACAACCUCCUGCCAGGUCCUACGGCGCCCCGGACCUGAGGGAUGUGGCCCCUUCCCUGGAGGGUCUAGAAGACCCCGUAGCCGUCCUGGCCGCCAAUAUUCCCGGGGGCGGCGUCCCUGGCCAACACUACCCGAUCCUGGCCUCUGUGCCACAAACCGGUUUCUCCUGCCAGUCUCAGGAGUUCCCGGGUUACUUCGCCGACACCGCUGACGAGGCCCGCUGCCAGGUCUUCCACAUCUGCCAGUUCGACGGCCGCCUCGACUCCUUCCUGUGUCCCAACGGCACCGUCUUCAACCAGCAGUACUUCGUGUGUGACUGGUGGUUCAACGUCGACUGCGCCGCCUCCGAGCAGUUCUUCGCUCUCAACUCCGAGAUCGGCAAGAUCCCCGAGGACGCAGAUGCUUCCAUCCGCAGUGACGCUGGGACGCCCAACCAGCUGUACAGCGUCCCAGAGCAGCGUCAAGCUUCCCCAUCACCUCCCCCGACACCCUCACAGCUCUACAACAGACCUAACCGGCUCUAAGUGUAUCACAAUGUCUAGUCAUUCACUGCUCUACAAUAGACCCAAAAGCUCCUACCUUAUCUCCAGCAUCUUCCCUAUAGUCACUUCACAGUUUUAAACCGUCCAAACCGGAUUUAACCUUAUUCCAAGACCAUUUUCAGCGCCAUUUCACCUGUACAACAGGCCUAACAGGUUCUGUCCAUUACUAUGCGUGCUUCAGCCUAUCAUUUCCCCGGUAUGUGACUACGCAACCAAAACUUCGAGCAUAGAUGCACAUUUAAAUUUUUAUUUAUAAUUUUAAGGAUCUUGUUCUCUAUGUACAAAACAAUACUGUCAUAGUCUCGAUUAUUUCAAGCUGAUAAAUUAUAUUAAUAAAGGUUUUGUAAGCUGUAAUAUAAUAUUAUUUUUCUCCGGCAACUUUUAAACACAGAUUAUUUAAUAUUAAUUACUAUUAUAAUUAUUAUUAUUAUUGAUGUGGUGUACUUGUAUUGUUCACCUAAUAUUUCAAUAGGAUUUGAAAGUUUAAUUGUACUUAAUAAUGUGCGAUACGAAUAGCAAACCCACAGUGAUGGGUCAGCCUAUCCUCCUAAAAUGAUAAUACAUACAGCAACUAUUUAGUCAAACACACAAAAAUUGACGGUUGGACCACAACAAAUUCUCGCUUAGAAUUAUUGAAUUAUCCCAAAUGACAUACUAAAAUUGAAAAGUGUUUGAAGAAGUUACUCUAACCUAACCUAUCCAAGCAAACUUAGGCGUAAAUAGUACAUAUAUUACUUCAGCACUGUGGAGAAAUGCCCGA